AGGUCUGGGAUUUGACUCUUACAAGCUAGUAAGUUAGUCUUACUGUGUCAUGGAUGCUAGCAGAAGACAAGACUACUGGGUCAGAGACAAAGGACUUUAUUACUCACAGCACAGGAAGCGGUAUGUGCAUCAGCAUAUUGUGUUGGUUCUCAUUCACCCUAGUUCCCAUUGGGGUGAUAUGGUGGACCCAUAUGGAUGCUGCACAUGCCUUAGGUUUAGGUUGCAGCUGACGAACACUGAGCUUGGGGAAUCCGUCACUUUGGUAGUAAGCAGUAAUCAAGCCUGUACUUGUCCCAGAGGGAAACAUUACCUCAUCCUUCAAGGUUGCUCACUGCAGACACAACCCUGAGAAGUGGCCCAGGUAAGGAGUUUAGGUCAAAGCCUUGCUUUUUUGGUAUAUACAGCAAGACAUAUUGAAGGACUGUCUUUUUGCAGCCCAUAUGGAUCAGCAUUCCAGGGAGAGCAGGGUGAAGACCAGUAGAGGUGGGUUUGGAUUGGCAGAUGGAAGAUUCUGGCAUUCUGGGUCCAUAGCGUUAAAUUCUUAUUUGGAUUACAGCCGAAUCAGCAGUUCUGGCCUGUGAUCAGGGUGCAAUAUUCUUAUUGUUCUUUCUCCCAUAUUUUCUUAAUCAGAAGGAAGGACCUACUUCCACAGGACAAUCUUCUUUAGGGUUGCAAUAUUAGAAAUUAGUUUCUAGUUGUGUGUGUGUGUGGUUGGCAGCUGUUAACCAAUAAUACAAGAUUUUGCUCUGUUACCACAAUGCUCAAAAAUACACAAAAUCCAAGCUCAUAACUUGUUCUCUUUACCGUCUCCAAGUGAAGUAAUCAUAAAGAACUUUAAGCAAUCUAUUACAGCAUGUUAACUAGUAUCCAUGUAUUAUUUUACUUUUAACACACAUUAUCUUGCUAUUUUGUGUUAACUGUCUUCUGGGGAAUGGCCUCCUUAUGUACUUUCUAUCUGGGAUCAUAUGAUCAUUGAAUGCCUACCUGAUCAUUGAAUGCCUAUGGAGUCAGGUAAGCACACCAUGAUGCAUUCUGGGACUAAGGAGGCAGAGAAGCCCUUCCAGAAUUGUAUUGAGCUUAUUUGAGAGUGCUUCUGGCAUUAAAAAAAAAUAUGUAUUUUUUAAAUAAGCAACUUUUACAUGUGUAACUGUGUUGAAUGCUUUCAUGAUUUUGCUUUUAGUAACAUACAUUGCUGUCUUCAUCUUGGGGAACUAAACCAACCACAGGCAAAAAUCCUUUGAGCAUUGAUUGCCACUCAUAAAGGCCAGGUGUUCUUACGUAUUUCAAAUUAUAGUAGGCAUCUAGUGGCUCUUACCUGCACUGGAUGUUUGUUCUAUAUUCGAGUGGCAGGAAUAACUUCCUGUCAGACAGUGCUUGUCCAUCCAAGCAACAGCCAGUGCUUGCACAGCAGCUAGACUUCAGGGACUGAAAAAGUUUUGUGGACUGAGUAAAUGAAUACUUUCCUUUCAUGAAUUCUAGUUAUCACCUGACAUCACUUAAACAUAUUGCCAGACCAAUAGCUAAAAUUUUCAUGUAGAGUGCGUUGGUGUAAUUAACAAGAGCAAGAAAAUAUACUUCAUUUGUAUUUGUGUAGUAACAGGCUUAUUUGAUCAUUGGUUUGUUUUAUUUUAAAACUGUGUAGUAGUCAUAUAACUGCAGUCUUUCCCUUAUGGUUUCUAACUUGUCUUGGAUUGUUUGCUUUAAGACUUCAUAUCGUUAAGUUACUCAACAUUAUCCGUAGAGCUUUGUGUGGACUGAGUUUAUAAAGGAGCAGAAUAUGUCAUUUUAGUUCUAAGGCUUUGAUUUUGAAGAAAUAGGUUUGGAAUUUAUUAAUUUAUGUUAGUUGAUGACAUCUGCUGGCUGAGGCAUAAUGUAGCUCAGCUUUAUUAGAAACUGUGAAAACCACGCCUUGAAAAGAAAGUAAAUGAGAGCCUGAUGCUGUGACCUGUGUGUGAAAUCUGAGAAUUCUUCAAACUAGCCAAUUCUUAAGGACCAGAGGAAAUCCAAGAGCAGAAGGAAAGACCCAGGAAUCAAGAGGAAAGGACUUGUGGUAUGCUAGAUGGCCAUGGGCUAUGAUCUCACCCUCUAUCAUUUUAGAUUUCGAAGUUAAAAUAUUUUAGAGGGCACUUUUCCAUUUGAUUUAUUAUAAAAUUGUAUUUCUGGUAAGAAAUAGUAUUUGCUUUACAGAAGUUUAUUAACCAGUUUUGUUUGAGCUGAUCAGUUAGUGAAGGUAACUCUUAUUACUUUUGAUUUUAAUCAUCUCAGAGGGGACAUGUUCAGAGGUUUAUUACUGACAUCAGAUAGUAUGAUUUAUGAAUAUGAUAUAUUUACUUGUCUAUUGUAAGAGUGCAGCUAUUUGGUGAUAUUUAACAUUGAGUUUUUACUCUGUGCUAGACAUUGCUUUAAGAAAUUUACAAGUGUUACGUCAUUUACAUCUCUCAAUAAUCUUAUAAAAUAGGCAUUAUUAAAAUUUUUCUGAUGAGGAAGAAGAGGUCAAGAGAAGUUAAUUUGCGCAAGGUUACUCAGCUAAUAAGUGUUAAAGCUUGUAUUUAGGUCUGGAAAGUACAUUCAUAGGAAUAGAUCAUCUGAAAAGGAAGCAUACCCCAAGUCAAAAGGGAAGCAUCUGAUAUCUUCAGCCAUUUUCGUAGUCAAAUAUUGUCUUUUUCUUUAAAUUUUUUUUCUAUUUUCACUGGUUAUAGUAUUAAAUCUGCCUUUAACUUUUUCUGUUUUUGCUUUUACAUGAAAGUUUUACACUUUUAGUAAUAUUUUUAUUUUCAAUAAACUAUAUUUGAGGGAUUCUCUACUUUUAAAUUUUUAAUUAUUUUGUUUUUUAAAAAAUUAAGGAAUACUUUUCAUAAAUAAUUUUAAAGUACAUAAAUCUCAAUAAAUUUUUGCAUACGUAUACACCCCUGUAGCCACCACCUAGAUCAAGAUACAGACAAUUUUUAGCACCCUGCAAGGCUCCCUCCCUGUCAGUACCCUCACCAUCACCUAGACCCUCAUCCCUGUGUAACUAUUUUCCUGACAUCUGUUUCCAUUUGUGACUUUUACCUGAUUGAUGACUUCCUAUAAAUGUGAUUGAACACUGUGCGCCCUUGUGUUUGACCACUUUCAGUCAGCCUUAAGUGUAUUAAACAUCCAGGUAGUUGUAUAUAUCAGUACUUUGUUGUUUUUUUAAUGCUGUAUAGUAUUCCAGCCUGCGAGUAUACCACAGUUUAUCCAUUUCUGCUAUUCAUGGCUAUUUGGUGUUUUCAGCUUUGGGCUACUGCAAAUCAAGCUGCUGUGAACAUUCUUGCACAUGUCUUUCAGUAGACAUAAGCACUCAUUUCUAUUGGUGUAUACCUGGGAGUGGAAUUGUUAUUUCAUAGAAUAUAUGUACGUUUAGCUUUGGUAGGUGUGACAAAUAUCCAUAUAUUUUUCUAAAUUUAUUUUGUAUACUGAUAACCUAUGAUUUACCAGAAUAUUUUCAUUUCUAUUAAUAGUGUUUUAAAAAACCUUUGGGAAGGCGACCUAAUUAGGGAAAUAGUAUUCAGAUUGUUAUACCAAUCUAUAGGUAGUGCUAUGUAGAAAACUUUGUUGUUUUUUACUUAUUACUUUGUUAAUACCGAUUUCUACCUUGUUCAUAGACUAAUACUAGGUUCUGUAAGAGAAAACAAUGAAGUACAGCCCUGCUUAGAGAAACUUGUGGUUUAGUCAGAAAGGCAGGAGGAUGAAAGAUAAGCAAUAUAAGGCAGUGUGUCAGUGGCAUAUGAUUUCUAUAGAUAAUAUGUGCUCUAGGGUGGUGAAGAGUAGUCACUAGACUGGAAUGAUUGGAUUGGAAAAGGCUUCAUGGAAGAAGAAAACUCAGAUGAGCCUUGGUGAGUGGGUAGAAUUGGAUUGGAAGGAAUGGUUCAUGAACAAUGUUAUUGGAAAGUGAGAAAAGCUUGUUGGGUAACUAAAUUGGCCUGCCUGAAAUGAAAAAUUGGAGUUGGGAGUGAUGGGGCGAUAGUUGGAAAAGUAGCUUGUGGUCAAGCUUUGGAAACUUUAAAUGCCAGGCCAAGAUUUUGUUUGUUUGGUUGGUUUUGUUUUGUUUUGUUUUGUUUUUGAGGACCCAAAGCAUCAGGAUUGUACAAACUAUUCUCUUUCCUAUUGCAUUUUCCCUUGAGAACAUGAACCGACAAGGAACAAGGUGAAGGAGUUUGACUGGACUUUAGGGAUAAUAUAACUCCCUUAAAAGAAGUGUUAAAAUUGAAGGAGAGAUUUUACAAAUGAUAAUAAGAAACAGAUACCUAAUGAAGCUUCUGCUAGAAGUGAAAGAGACACAUCAGACCUAGAACAAAACUGGUCAUUGCAAGAUCAUUAUAGAAUGUAUUCACCCAUAAUAUACCAAGCCCUCUGUGAGCACGUGCAGACUCAGAUGUCACUGAUGAAUGACUUGACUUCAAAGAACAUCCCUAAUGGAAUUCCUGCUGUACCAUGCCAUGCUCCCUCUCAUUCUGAAUCUCAGGCAACUCCUCAUUCUAGUUAUGGCUUAUGUACCUCCACUCCAGUCUGGUCACUUCAGCGGCCACCCUGCCCUCCAAAGGUUCAUUCUGAAGUUCAAACUGACGGCGACAGUCAGUUUGCAUCACAAGGUAAAACAGUUUCUGCAACCUGUACUGAUGUUCUAAGGAAUUCAUUUAAUACCAGUCCUGGAGUUCCAUGUAGCCUGCCCAAAACUGACAUAUCAGCUAUUCCAACAUUGCAGCAACUGGGCCUUGUUAAUGGAAUUCUGCCACAACAAGGAAUUCAUAAGGAAACAGACCUACUAAAAUGUAUUCAAACAUAUUUGUCUCUUUUUCAAUCUCAUGGAAAAGAAACGCAUCUGGACAGUCAGACACACCGAAGCCCUACUCAGUCACAGCCAGCUUUCUUGGCCACUAAUGAAGAAAAAUGUGCCAGAGAGCAAAUUAGAGAGGCCACAAGUGAAAGAAAGGAUUUAAACAUACAUGUGCGAGAUAUAAAAACAGUGAAGGAUGUACAGAAGGCAAAAAAUGUGAACAACACAACUGAAAAAGUUAGAAUUAUAAAAUAUUUGUUGGGAGAGCUCAAGGCCCUGGUGGCAGAACAAGAGGAUUCAGAAAUUCAGAGGUUGAUUACAGAAAUGGAGGCAUGUAUAUCUGUACUUCCAACAGUAAGUGGAAACACAGAUAUUCAAGUUGAGAUAGCACUGGCCAUGCAACCAUUAAGAAGUGAGAAUGCUCAGUUACGAAGGCAGUUGAGAAUUUUAAACCAGCAACUCAGAGAACAACAGAAAACUCAAAAACCAUCUGGUGCUGUGGAUUGCAACCUUGAAUUGUUUUCUCUUCAGUCAUUGAAUAUGUCACUGCAAAAUCAAUUGGAGGAGUCGCUAAAGAGCCAGGAAUUACUGCAGAGUAAAAAUGAAGAGCUGUUAAAAGUGAUUGAAAAUCAGAAAGAUGAAAACAAAAAAUUUAGUAGUAUAUUUAAAGACAAAGAUCAAACUAUACUUGAAAAUAAACAGCAAUAUGAUAUUGAGAUAACAAGAAUAAAAAUUGAAUUGGAGGAAGCCCUAGUCAAUGUGAAAAGCUCCCAGUUUAAGUUAGAAACUGCUGAAAAGGAAAACCAGAUAUUGGGGAUAACAUUACGUCAGCGUGAUGCUGAGGUGACUCGACUAAGAGAAUUAACCAGAACUUUACAGACUAGCAUGGCAAAGCUUCUCUCCGAUCUUAGUGUGGACAGUGCUCGCUGCAAGCCUGGGAAUAAUCUUACCAAAUCACUCUUGAACAUUCAUGAUAAACAACUUCAACAUGACCCAGCUCCUGCUCACACUUCCAUAAUGAGCUAUCUAAAUAAGUUAGAAACAAAUUACAGUUUUACACAUUCAGAGCCACUUUCUACAAUUAAAAAUGAGGAAACCAUAGAGCCAGACAAACCCUAUGAAAAUGUUCUGUCCUCCGGAGGCCCUCAAAAUAGUAACACUAGGGGCAUGGAGGAAGUAUCUGCACCUGGAAUUAUUUCUGCCCUUUCAAAACAGGAUUCUGAUGAAGGGAGUGAAACUAUGGCUUUAAUAGAAGAUGAGCAUAAUUUGGAUAAUACAAUUUACAUUCCUUUUGCUAGAAGCACUCCUGAAAAGAAAUCACCACUUUCUAAGAGACUAUCCCCUCAGCCACAAAUAAGAGCAGCUACAACACAGCUAGUCAGCAACAGUGGACUUGCUGUCUCUGGAAAAGAAAAUAAACUGUGUACACCUGUAGUCUCUUCCUCUUCAACAAAGAAAGCAGAAGAUGCACCUGAAAAACUUUCCAGAGCAUCUGAUAUGAAGGACACACAGCUCCUCAAGAAAAUAAAGGAAGCAAUUGGUAAGAUCCCUGCUGCCACCAAGGAGCCAGAGGAACAAACUGCAUGUCAUGGCCCAUCAGGUUGUCUUAGCAACAGCCUUCAAGUGAAAGGCAAUACUGUCUGUGAUGGUAGUGUUUUCACUUCUGACUUGAUGUCUGACUGGAGCAUCUCUUCGUUUUCAACGUUCACUUCUCGUGAUGAACAAGACUUCAGAAAUGGCCUUGCGGCAUUAGAUGCCAACAUAGCUAGACUCCAGAAGUCUUUAAGGACUGGUCUUCCGGAGAAAUGAAUUCAGAAGAAAACUCAUCAGGUGCUUCUUUUUAAAACUAGAACUUGGCUAUAUUGAAUGUGUAUUUUUCUUUAGUGAAAUGAUGUUUUAUGUUAUUAUGUUUGAAGUAAUACAUUGUACAAGUAAUAAAUGUAUUGUUAAGAUAUAUUGACACUGAGGAGCUUAUAAAAACAAGUCAUCUUAAGUUCACAAUUGCUACAAGAAGAAAGUUGUAGAUAACUAGGAAAUUAUUGUAAGUAAUGUUUUAUUUCAGUACUUAGCAAUUAGAGUUCUUUUAUUAAGAUGUAUCUGCUGGAUUAAGGGUACAGGUUGAAAUAGUUCUGUGGUUGUCCUAAGAAAUAAUGGGAAAAGAAGCUCUGGAUGUAAGUUUUUCUGUUGAAACUAGAGGGGUUUUUUUUUUUUUCUGUUUCCAUAUACUUUUUUUUAAUAGCAAUGUGUUUUUAUUAAACAUGCUGUGUGCCACAGGCCAGUGUUGUUGGUGAAAUAUAUAAACAUUUAUUUAAAGAGAAAAGUUACCAGUAUCUACACCUCUUAAAAAACAUUGAUUGGUCUAAAAAAUAUAUAGAUAACAUCCAAAAUUAACAUAUGGCUUCUUAAAACUUGGUCACUUUUAUUUGUUUUUAUCCCAAAUUCAUGUUUUAAGGCCUUUAAAGAAUAGUCAGACUGAUAAAGAAGUGCUAACAGAUAAGCUAUAGUUGGGGAAAUUUGUGAGUUUUUUAAAAAUAAGAAAUGUUUAUUUUUGUCCUUAUAUUUAAACAUGAUGGAAUUUGUAAAUCUUGGCAUUGAUUGUAAUUCUGCCUUUUUGGAAGAGUUUUUUUUUCCAGCAUGUUAGCUGAGAAUAUUCUCUAUUUUACAAAUAAUAUGAAGUAGGUUGGUCUCUCUGCUUCUCUAUACCAGGACUUCUUAGCUCAAUAUCAUCUCCCUUCAUGUAAGCAGCACGUUUUAACUCUUAGGAAGCUGAAUGUUGUGUUAUCACUAAUACUUUGUACAGGUCACCUGCCUACUCUAAUUGUCUUUAGUACUUGGACAGGCUUUAUCAUUAAAGUAGUGUUCUCCUAA